AUGGAAGGCCGGGAAGGCCAGGGCAGUCGAACACCAGACAGCCCUGUGAUGGCCGGCUCAUGGCCGGAUCUUCCAAGCUUCGGCAUGGAUGGUGUGUCCACUCCUUUUUGUCCCGGAGGCUCCGAGUUGCGGAGCCAGGCUGAGCUGUUGGGAGCGAAGCUGCGUGCAGUGAAGCGGGCUCAGGGCGAGGAGGCUGCGUCUAGUUCAGCGGGCUCGCAGAGGGCCGCAGCCGCACCAGCCGCGCCAGCCGCGCCCGCGCAAGCGCCCAUUCAGGGCCAUGGCUCUGCACCGAUUUCGGUGGGCACAGUGGGGCAUCCAGAGACCUGUGGCUCCGCCUGCCGCUACGUGAAGCGCAAGGGCGGGUGCCGAGAAGGGACUCUUUGCUUGAGCUGUCACCUGUGCUUCUGGGUGCGAGACAAGGAGCCUGCAGCUGGAAAAGCCAAGCCGGAGGCGGCUUCCAGGCGGCAGAUGCCGAUCUCUUCGCAGGGCACGGUGGGGCAUCCUCUCAACUGUGCUUCUCCCUGCCUCGCGGCGUGGAGCUCAGGUGGCUGCCGCGCGGGAAGCAUGUGCACGAAGUGCCAUCGCUGUCCACCCAUUGCGACACAUGUGGAUCUUGAUACCGUUGGCUCAAGGAGGGCUUCUUUCACUGCCUCAUCUGACUACUCAGCGCUUGGCGACUUUCAGUCCAGCCAGGUGGAAACCUCAGUCGGGUCAGCUGGUCAUCCAGUUGCUUGCAACGCCCCGUGCAAAUAUGCCCACAAGCUUCGGGGCUGCAAAGAUGGCCGCCAUUGCACGCGAUGCCACAUUUGCAGAUGGCACAAGCCUGGGCCAAGUCAGCUUCCAGCCACACGCUGGGAGCCAGCAGGUUUUGUCGUUGAUGAGCCGGAGAGUGUGGGGCCUGAAAUCAGGCUUUGA